AUGGCUCCCAAGAAGAGCGCCCGCGAGCCCACGCCCUCGUCCGUCGUCACGUCCCAGGCCGGCACCACGGCUGCCCGCUCCGCCCCUCCGCAGUCCUCACCGACGGCAAAGGGCGGUGCCGCAAACUGGGACCAGGUGCUCCGCAACAUCUACCAGUACUACAUGAAGCAGACGCCCCAGCGCACAAAGCUCAUCGAUGCCUUCCUCUUCUUCCUCGUCGUCAAUGGUGCCCUGCAGUUCUUGUACUGCGUCCUCGCCGGCAACUACCCUUUCAACGCCUUCCUCUCCGGCUUUUCCGCAACUGUCGGCCAGUUCGUCUUGACGGUCUCAUUACGAUCUCAGACGACCGAAUCCAACAAGAGCGAAUUCACCGCCGUUUCCCCAGAGAGAGCCUUUGCCGACUACGUUGCCUGCAGCCUCGCGGUGCAUUUCUUCUGCAUCAAUUUCAUCAACUAA